AGUCUGUUUGUUUGUGUUUAUAAGUAAUUUAAAUGACAAGAAAACGAAAAAAAGCACAAAAUAUUUGGACAUCAGAAGUAAAGGAUAUUGAGAAUCAUGUUUUGGAUACACAGGUUACCAAAGCGUCACGGUUCAAUAUACAACUUGAAAAACUAUUCUCAACUUAACACAAAAAACAAGGUUAGUGAUGUAAGCCAACACAAAGUAAGGUAUAAUGAGAUUAAUCUUCAAAUGUUGCCUAAAAAACUUUAUGAGCAUAUCUUUGGAAUGGACAUUGAUAAGAAAAAUUAUCAGUCUAAUGAUGUUCUGUUAAUAAAGGAAGAGUUAGCUAAGUUUGGUCUUAACGCUGAACGUACUCCUGAAAUUCCCGAAGUAAAUGUAUCACUUCCUUCACUUCAAGGCCAUAACAUAGAGGAUCACUUUCGAAAUAUUGCUCAGGAUCAAGUGCAACCCUAUCAAGUUGCCAUCAGUCAAUUGCUUAAUAAAGACUUGCCUGCAAUACCAAAAAACUUCGUAUUUAAAGAGGGGUGGACACGUUACACAGAGUCAGGUCCUGAAACUGUAGAAUUUCCAUUAGAAAAUGGAUUGGUGUUUGACGUUGAAGUGUGUGUGAAGGAUGGACCAUUGCCAGUUUUAGCAACGGCUGUCAGUCCAUUUGCAUGGUAUAGUUGGGUUUCUAAACACCUUGUAGAGGAAAUCCACAAUACAAGUUUUAUGAAAAAAACUUUGAAGACAGAUCUUUUAAUUCCCUUGGAAAGUUUAAAGAGCAACAAUGACACUUAUUUAAGUAAGUUUCAAUUAACACCUAAAAUUGUAGUAGGUCACAAUGUUUCUUUCGAUCGAAUUCGAGUAAGAGAACAAUAUUGGUUAACUAAAAGUGCUACUAGAUUUUUAGACACAAUGGCAUUACAUAUUUCUGUUAGCGGCACUAGUAGUUAUCAACGUUUACUUUUAAAGUCAAAACGUUCUAAGCAAAACGAUGACAAUUUACAUUCUCUUUCCUCUCUAAAUAAUUUGGCUGAUGUAUACAGAUUAUACUGUGGAGAAAUUUUGGAUAAAAGCAAAAGAGAUAUUUUUAUAAAUGGUAAUUUAAAUGAAAUUAAAAAAAAUUUUCAUGACUCAAUCUUGUACUGUGCCUUGGAUGUUGUGGCAACUUACAAAGUCCUGAAAAAAGUAUACCCCAUAUUUGAAAAACGAUUUCCACAUCCUGCAACAUUGGCUGGUAUGUUAGAGCUAGGCUUAGCAUAUCUACCAGUUAAUCGUAAUUGGCUAAGGUAUUUAAAAGAAGCAGAAACCACUUAUGAGGAUUUACAGCGGGAAAGUAAAAUUUGUUUGUCUAAAAAAGCAGAUCAAGAGUGUAGAUUAUUAAUUGCUAAAGAGUAUACCACUGACCCUUGGAUGUGGGAUGAAGAUUGGACCACCAGAAAUUUAAACAUGAAAAAAGGAUAUAAAAAAGUUUUCAACAAUCAAUGUAAAGUUUGUAAUGACUGCACUAAAAACGAUACAUCAGUGAAUCUAGGAAAUAAAUUAAAUUACUUAAAGGAUACCAAAAAUUACUUACCAAAGAGAAUACCUCACAUGGCUGGUUAUCCUAAUUGGUAUCGUAAACUUUGUCAGAAGCCUGAAAGAAACUCGAAUACAUUUCCAAAAGUCCAAAAUAUAAGUACCUCAAUGCAAAUAACGCCAAAAAUUUUAAACCUAACGUGGGAAAAUUAUCCACUUCAUUACGUGAAAGAACAAGGAUGGGGAUUUCUAAUUCCACAUACACCAAAUAAAAAUACAAAAUUACCUCUUAAACAAAUAUCUACUUUAAAACAUCUUAAUAAUUCAUUUUUAUUGUCAUCAUCCUUUAAUGAAGAUUCAUCUUUACUUGUCGGUAUAAAGUCUAAUUACUCAUUAAAUGCAAAUCUAGAUGAGUGUUGCUACUUUUUCAAAUUGCCUCAUAAAAACGGAGACCACUUUAAUGUAGGAAAUCCUCUAGCAAAAGAUUUUAUUAAUAAAUUUUCGGAAAACAUUCUUGCUGGUGCUGAUACAAGUGCUACGCGAGUUCUUAACAUUUCAAAAGUGUGCUCUUACUGGAAAAACCAUCGAGAUCGUAUUAUUUCGCAACUCGUAGUUUGGUGCAACAUCAUUUCAAGUAACAGCAAUUGUCAGCAGCGUCAUUAUCCUUAUCACGAUCCAUUCAGUAGCAAUCACAGUUACAGCUGUAAUGAAGACUCAAAAAAAUUGGGCAGCAAACAAAUUUUCGACUUGGGGGCGAUAAUUCCGCAAGUUGUGGUUGCGGGUACUCUUACUCGACGGGCUGUGGAGCCCGCGUGGAUGACUGCUUCGAAUGCCAGUAGCGAGCGCAUAGGCUCAGAACUGCGAGCCAUGAUAAACGCACCCCCUGGCUAUAGUAUUGUAGGUGCGGACGUCGAUAGUCAAGAACUUUGGAUUGCCUCAGUUAUUGGAGACGCAUCUGCUGCAGGUCCAAAGAUCCAAGGUGCAACACCCUUCAGCUGGAUGACACUAAUCGGAAACAAAGUCCAGGGAACUGAUAUGCAUAGUAUGACCGCCAAGGCGAUCGGCAUCUCUCGAGACCAAGCCAAAAUUAUCAACUAUGCCCGAAUCUAUGGGGCUGGACGGAUCUUUGCCGAAAGGCUGCUGAAGCAAUUCAACCCAACGAUCAGUGACAAAGAGGCUUCAUCAAAGGCCAGGAAGAUGUUCUCUUUGACCAAAGGCCAAAAACUUUACCGCCUCAACGUUGUGUCCCGACAACUAGUAGAAAAACAAUAUCAGCUGCAGCUCUAUACAGCCCGUGAGUCAUUCCAGCUAGCUCAACUACUCAAUAAGCCAAGAAAUGAGCUAUUCGAACGGCCCCGUUGGGUCGGCGGUUCCGAGUCUAUCAUGUUCAACAGUCUGGAGGAGAUAGCUGGAGGAUCAAGACCCGCCACACCAUUUCUCAACUCGCGGUUGAGUAGAGCUCUAGAACUGGACAGUGACGACAAAAACUUACCAACCAAAAUCAAUUGGGUAGUCCAGAGCUCUGCAGUUGACUUCCUUCACCUAACUCUGGUCUGUAUGCGAUGGCUAAUGAAAGACAAGAUUAGUCUUUGCCUCACCUUCCACGACGAAGUACGUUAUAUAGUACCCGACGCGUACAAGUACAAUGCAGCUCUAGCAAUGCACGUAACAAAUUUGCUCGUCCGCUGCUUUUUUGUCUCAAAGUUAAAGAUGAAAGACUUACCCGCAUCCAUCGCUUUUUACACUAGUGUCGAGGUUGACUCCGUUCUUCGCAAAGAAGCAACCCAUGAUUGCGCGACUCCAUCUAAUCCUCAUGGCCUUAAAGAGGGCUACGGCGUUGAGAACGGAGAAAGCCUUGACAUCUGGGCUGCAAUAGACAAAAGCAAGGGUUGGGUCGGAUUGUUUGCACCUACCUGCAACUAAAGUACUCGUAUUCUUGUUUAUGUUCAAGAAUAUUUUCUAGAUCUUUUAACAGCAUAGAAAAAUAAUAUAUUUCAUCACAUUAUGUCCAUACUCUUGUAAAAUCAUCUUUUUACAAUUACAUAAUAAACAAUUUUAUAACCUACUAAUAAAAAUAAAUUUAUUAAUUAUAAAAUCAUACUGAAAAUAUUGACUACAGGUAGUACGUGUCCUUACCAUAUAAAUCUUAU